AUGCCUGCCACUGCAAAACAGCCUGGCACGGCACGAGGUCGCGGACCUAGCUCUUUAUCACAGGUGUCCACCCCGCCAACUACGUCUACAGUGAAAUCGCGAAAAUCAACCAAGCCAAGCCUAGUCGUCUCCCUAAAAAUAUCUCCAGCACACCUGUCAGGAUUCCCACAUGAUCAAUCAUCCAGCGAAUCUUCAGGCUCGAAGGCGACCCCACGGCUCGCAAUCUCAGCCGAUUCACCAUCCCUAGGCCCCAUCAAGUCCGACAGCAAUGCGACUCCUUCCGUGCAAGGUACAGACGACGCUCAGUCGUCCGACAAGAAACUCAAGCAGGAUGAUGACGCGGUCAAGGCGGGAGUGAAACGCGAAUUGGAUGCAGGCGUGACUAUUGAUGACCAGGCAAAGGCAAAGGCACUCCAGCGAAAAAGACCGAAAGUUGGCGAGAAUGGGCGAUUGGACGGUCGAACCGCUGCUGCCAAAGCCAUGGGCUACAAUGCCGCCGCGCACAAGCUUGGGCCCAAAUCUAACCAAGGCGUCAUCAAUGAGAAACUACGGGCAUUAGAUCGGACUGGCAAGCCCUGCAGGAAGUGGCAGAAAACAGGCUUUAAAGUCAAAUCAUUCACUGGUAGGGCAUGGCAGGUUCCCACCUGGCGAACGGGUCAGUCAAGGGCCUUUGGAGAAGCUGCCGAAUCCCAAGAGAGCUCUUCGAACGACCUGAGUAAGGCAAACAGCAGCAGCAACAUCGGCAGUGAUCAAAGUCCAGGCGGUGACAAUCUUGUGAAUGGCAGUUCACCGAUUCGCAUCGCUCCUGCACCGGUGAAACCAUGA